CGAGGGACUGGCUUCUGAGCAGGGGGCUCUGCCUGCGUUCUGAUCUGCUUUAAGUGAGCUGUGCUGUGUGGCUGGAGUGAACAUUCAAUAAUGAGUGGUGCAGCAUUGGGCCUUGAGAUAGUAUUUGUCUUUUUUCUGGCCUUAUUCCUACUUCAUCGGUAUGGAGACUUCAAGAAACAGCAUAGACUGGUGAUCAUAGCAACAUUAUUGGCUUGGUAUCUUUGCUUUCUUAUCGUAUUUAUACUGCCUCUGGAUGUCAGUACGACUAUUUAUAAUCGGUGCAAACUUGCUGUUAACUCCAGCCCUACAGAAAGUAAUGGCUCUUACGUUACUCUUGCUCCAAGCAAGCAAAAAUGUUUCAAACCAUGGAGUUAUAUUCCGGAUGGAAUUAUGCCAAUUUUCUGGCGUGUUGUGUAUUGGACAUCGCAGUUUUUAACAUGGAUUCUGCUACCUUUCAUGCAGUCAUAUGCUAGAUCAGGAGGGUUCUCCAUUACUGGAAAGAUUAAAACUGCAUUGAUUGAGAACGCAAUCUAUUAUGGCACUUACUUGCUGAUUUUUGGAGCAUUUUUAAUAUAUGUGGCUGUAAACCCAAACUUCAAUUUACAAUGGAACCAACUUCAGACUAUUGGGAUAGCCGCUGCAAACACAUGGGGUCUCUUUCUUCUUGUGUUGCUUUUGGGUUAUGGUUUGGUGGAAAUUCCCCGUUCUCACUGGAAUGGGGCCAAGAGGGGUUAUCUACUCAUGAAGACCUAUUUCAAAGCUGCCAAACUGAUGACUGAAAAAGCAGAUGCAGAGGAGAAUUUAGAGGAUAUUAUGGAGGAAGUCCGUAAAGUAAGUGAGAGUAUCAAGUAUAACCACCCUUUGAGAAAAUGUGUUGAUACAAUACUGAAAAAGUGUCCUACUGAGUACCAGGAAAGAAUGGGUAGGAACAUGGACGAUUAUGAAGAUUUUGAUGAAAGACAGAACAGUUAUCCAAGUGAAAAAAGUUUGGUCAAACUUCACAAGCAGGUAAUCUAUUCAGUACAGAGACAUCGUCGUACACAGGUCCAGUGGCAAAUUCUUUUAGAACAAGCAUUUUACCUAGAAGAUGUGGCAAAAAAUGAAACCAGUGCAACUCGACAGUUUGUUCAUACCUUUCAUUCCCAAGAACCAGAGAAUAAAAUUAUUCAGUAUUUCUACACACCAACUGUUGAGUGGUACUGGGAAUGUCUUCUACGACCAUGGUUUUACAGGGUGCUUGCAGUUGUUCUGGCCACGUUCUCUGUAAUUGUUGUGUGGUCAGAAUGCACAUUUUUCAGCACACAACCAGUUUUAUCGCUAUUUGCAGUUUUCAUACAGCUGGCAGAAAAGACAUAUAAUUAUAUAUACAUAGAGAUGGCCUGUUUUCUUACGAUCUUUUUCCUAAGUAUCUGUGUUUACUCUACUGUCUUCAGGAUCCGUGUAUUUAACUAUUAUUACUUAGCUUCACAUCAUCAGACAGAUGCCUACAGUCUCCUUUUCAGUGGAAUGUUAUUUUGCCGUCUUACUCCACCAUUGUGCUUGAACUUUCUGGGCUUGACCCAUAUGGAUGCAACAAUCUCUCACAAAAACACUCAGCCAACCGCUUACACAUCUAUAAUGGGAUCCAUGAGAGUGCUGUCCUUCAUUGCAGAUGGAUUCUAUAUAUAUUACCCAAUGCUUGUUGUCAUUCUCUGUAUUGCCACAUACUUUAGUUUAGGAACUCGUUGUUUGAAUCUUUUGGGAUUCCAGCAGUUCAUGGGGGAUAGUGAAAUGACCUCUGAUUUGAUUGAUGAAGGAAAAGAGCUAAUCAAAAGAGAGAAAAGAAAACGACAAAGGCAGGAAGAAGGUGAAAACAGAAGAAGGGAAUGGAAGGAGCGGUAUGGAAAUAGAGACGAUUCCACUAGAAACAGAGUUGUCCACACAGAACAAAAAGAAUCCAGCUUCUCAGAGACCAAUGCCAACAGAUCACUAUCAAAAUAUACCCGAUCAAAUGGUAGGACUGAAAGAGAUAGAAUAGAACUCCUCCAGGAUGCAGAACCCUUGGAUUUUAAUGCAGACUCAAUUAAUGAUGACCCUCUUGAAUCAGACUUGGGAAGGUACCAGCCUGGUGGAAGAUACCUGUCAAUGUCUCGAAGCAAAAUGUUUGAUGAUGUCUAAACUCCUCAAAGCUAAAGAAAAUUCAAUGGAAAUCUAUUUCCAACUCAUUGCUUGGAAAAUACUGUAUUUAUGAUGUAUCACUGAACCAGAAAAGACCAUUUUUGUUUAAAAAAAGAAUAUGAAGGAACAACUAUUUUGGAAACACACCUGUAUGAUAAAUCUACUACUUAUGACAAGAAUAUGUUUAUUCUAUUGUAGAUAUUGUUGUGUAUCAGUGUGGGCUUUUGUGUCAUGACCAAAAGGAGAAAACUAUUAAUUAAGUUAAUAGAGGGUAAACUUCAUAAAUAUACCUAGGGCUCAACUUGAACUGUAACACUGUAAGUUUUAGGAAGAGGAUUUUUUGGAAGGAAUUUUUUUGUAUUUUAACAGAUGCUGUGGGAGUGUCUUAAUGCAUCCAAAGUGCAGUUAUAUCAAUUACUACAGUAAACACUUUCUAUAAUUUUUCUAUUUGAACUUUAUGCCUAAUCCAAAAUCUACUGAAAUAAAUUAAGGUGUCUUCUGGCUUCAGUGGUCUUUGAAUCAGACCCUGAAUAAGCAGAAGGAUUGAAUGGGAGGUUGUUCAUAAAAUCAUAAAAUACGUGUUCCAGUAUUUAAAGGGUGGCUACAAAGAAGAUGGAGACUCCAUUUUUACAAGGAGUCACAAGGAAAAGACAAGGGGUAAUGGGUACAAGUUACCUCCUGGGGAGAUUCCGACUGGACACAAGAGGAAAAUUUUUCACAAUGAGAACAAUCAGUCAUUGGAUCAAUCUCCCCAGGGUAGUCAUGGAUUCCCCAACAUUGGACACUUUCAAGAGUCGGCUGGACAGGGUACUGGGCCAUCUUGUCUAGACCGUGCUUUUGCCAAGAAAGGUUGGACCAGUUGAUCCUAUUUUGGAGCAAGGUGUAUUGGUCAGGAAAGGUUAUUUUUUUUUCUUUUCCAGCAUUAUAUGCAGAUAAACGAUUUUAGCAUGUGUAAAUAGUUGAAAUUCAAUAUGGACCAGAGUUUCACUGUCACAUGAGCAUAUGUGCAAUAGGAAGAAUACAUUAUCAAAAAUACAAUAUCUGCUUAAGAUUUUUACAGUUGUAACGGUUGAAAAUCUUGGCACACUGAUGUUUUUGUAACUGUAAAAGAAAUAUAAUGUGAAAAUUUAGUUAAAUGCUGAAACAUUAUAAUUUGCACACACCUCAGGCACGGCUUCAAAUUAUAGAGUAUUUCUUUAAAAGAAGGGAAAUACAUAGCAUGACUAGAUAAUGGUAAACACUUUUAAUGUCCCAAAUGCCCUGGUUGCAUUGUGUAUCUGUUUUUAAGGUGCCUGUAUUUUGCAGUAAGUUGUUGCAAAAAGAAUAAUGCUUAUUCAUUUGAAUGCCAUUCAAAAAUGCCAAUUAUUAACAGUGUAAAAAAGCUUCACAUUAAUUUCAUUGGUGUAGAUAUAUUUUUAAACUGUAGUUAGUUGAAUGAAUUUUCAAAUGUAAUCAUAAGGUAAAAGAUGUGGUCAAAUUCAUGGUAUCUUUGGAUAUCUGAUUAAUUUAAAAAGUUGCUUUAUUGCAGUUUGUCAUAAGUCUUUACCACUUGGGAAUUUUCUUACGUGCUUUUUGCAAAGUUAUGUUGAAAACUGAAAGAGAAUAUGUUUCUAUAAUAAAUUCUUUAUCAUGCUUAAAAACCAGACAUCCCUUAAAGCAGCUAGGAAUGAGUUUUUCUGAAAAGUAAAUUUUCAUGAAUGAGGUGUUCUACUAAUUUUUGAAAAUAGUCUUUGUUUUCUGAAGUAAUUGUUAAUGGGAAUCUAACUACCUCCUGUGAUCUAGUACAUCAUGUGUUCUAACAGUAGUGGUAUUUGUAAUAUAUUGAGCUGCCUGUUUGAAAACACUGAAUUGUUACUAUGAAGGAGAAAAAAAUACUCUAUUUGUAUAGAAAUAAUUAUAUUAAUAAAUCGGCAGAUGUAAAAUAAUCAUCAGUUCUGUUCUUAGGUGAAUACACUGAACAACAGCCAUGCCCACAUGUAUUCAAGCUCAUGCAAUUUCCAGAUUACCUGUAAGAGGGCACUUUUUUAGUUUGAGUAUUUUGUGUACUGUAAAAGCUUGAUCAAAAUCUUAUGGCUGUAUCAGGGACUGGAAGUUGAGAAAACAAGACUCUCUUUAUUCAGAUUGUUCUUCAGCAACUUUACGUUAGCACCUAUUUAAUAUAUUUUAGAUCUACUUAGAAAUGCUAUCCUGAAUUCAGCCAUAUAUGAAGGGGGUUGUAUAUGUUCUUGGACAUCCAUCCAUAUGAAUGUUCUUAGACUUAAUAUUUCUACUUUUAAAAUUUGUAUCUUGUUUAAUUGUCCAAAAGUUUAUUUGUACAAAUCUUUGGAUGAAAUAAGGUUCAAGUUCUUUGUUUAACUCUUGAAAUGUCACUACAAAGGGAUCUAAUUCAGUGCUAAUAGAAAAAUGAUAGAAGGAACGUUUGUUUUUCUGAAUGCUUGUGAAAUAUCCUUACCUAGCCCCUGCUGACAUGAGAGAGUUGGACUGAGCCUUCCGGGGGCCUGGGUUUUCCUUUCUCAGAAAUCAGUGGAAUGGCUGCAAACAGAAUUUUCUUGGUCAGGAUUUUAUGUACAAAAGCUAACUAAUCCCUGGUGUAGACCCUCUGUGCAGUUUUUGUUAGGACACAAUAAUUUGAGGAGGAGUUGACUGUAUAAAUUAAUGGCAGUGGGAUUUCAGUUGCUAACAUAGAAAUUCUGAGCUCAUUGAGGUGGGAAUCCACUGACCUUUUUUUGAAGUUGCAGUGGAGCAAUGCUUUUUGAAAGCAAGGGAAUUAGAGCUCUCAAAAUCUCUCAAGAGUUCUCCUCUGGAUUGCUCUUGGAGAUCCCUGGUGUCACAUCCCUGGAUGCUGGGUGUUUUAAGUAAGGAGUUGAUAAGUGAGGUCAGGCUUCAUCCAGAGUGUUCAUUGCUCACCAACAGUUACUCUUGCUGUAGUUUUGUGCAAUUUGUAGGCCGACUAAUCUAAAGUGUGUUUUGAGAAGUAAUUAUGAGUUCAUAUGACUAAAUCCGGAAGACUUGCAACAAAGAAAUAUAGAGUACAACUAUAAAAGUACAUUGUAGAAAUAAGGGAUAUGCCUGCACAGCAUUUGCUGUGUACUUGAGCUAGUUUUAAACUAGUUUGGUUACUGCUAGUAAAAAUAAUGCAGAUCUUGCUUGGGGGCUACAUGCGUAAGGAUUUACCCUGCACCAGAGAGGUUGUAGAUGCCCCAUCCCUGGAAACAUUCAAGUUCAGGUUGGACGGGGCUGUGAGCAACCUGAUCUAAUUGAGGACGUUGCAGGGAGAUUGGACUAGAUGACCUUUAAAGGUCCUUUCCAACCUGAACCAUUCUAUGAUUCUGUGAUGAUUCCUAGCCAGAUUGCGGCAAAUCUUGAUGAGUUCUUUGCUACUAUAGCUCUAGUCCUAACAGUACCACAGCUAAAAAAAGUUAAAACUAGUUUUGAUAUGCUUAAGCAGUGACUGUACUGUAGGCUAAUGGUGUUCCUCCGUCACAUUUGAUGCUCCAGAUUAGGUGAUUUAAAAUAUAACUGCCUUGCAAACUGUGCUUUUGGGAACUGAAUGUUGGCGUAUUUAUUCUGUCAGUAUGUAGUCAUAUUUAUUUGCAGCUAAAGAAUGUUCAUUAUGUAUUUCUUCAUUAUUUCACUUCCUGAAUUAUGGAACAGUUAGGGUAUACUUUCAUUUUAUCAUCAUUUCUGCAGUUUGUUCUUCAUCUGUGAACACCAAAAAAAAUGCAAAACACCAAAAAACCCACCCAAGUUAAGUACAAAUGUUUGAAUAUCUUCAUGUCAAAGAUUUAAACCAGUGAAAAGAAUCCACGUAAGUUGUAGUGAACUUUGAAAAGCGGGAGUGAAAACAGUAGCUACUUUAAUACUGUGUUAGUGCUGUUUUUCUUAAAAAGUAUGGAUAGCAAAAAGCUCUAGUCAAACUUACUUCUCCUAGAUUACUAGAUUUGUAGCUCUGUCUUUUCAGGCAUUUACAAAUACAAAUAUUCUGAUCUCUGUAUUGGGAAGUGAGUCCUGCACUCUGCUUAAGAAAAGUGCAUCUCAGUGAGGGUCAGUGAAGUGAGAGAGUCUUUCUAUGAGCGAAGGUAAAGGAUAUGCAACUUCUAGUCUGUGCUAAUAGUGACACUUCAGGCAAACUAUGAUAUAUUUUAUUAUUUAGGUAUGAUAACAUGUUAAGAAAUAACAAACGUUAUACUACUGUAACUUACACUACUGGAAAAAUGGUGUAUAAUCUGCCUUUAUUUUGCAAUCAAGCAUUUGUAAAAUAGUCAUUAACAGUAUUAAUGGCAAUGGCAGGUAGCUGCUAUCUUUUCAAUAUUUAUCCUUGCUAUUUUAAAACAUAACCAUGACAAUGAUUUUUACAUAUGAAGUAUUAAAGAAGUGAUUACUCUGAUUUUCUGUAAUUAUGAUAAUUUGUAUGAUAUUAAUUUUAUCUUGGAAUACUGUAAAUGUUAUGUGAAAAAUACAACAUUUUAUUCCAAUUUUCAUUAUUGCUGUAAUUACUUGCAAUCUGAAGGGCAUUUACAAUACCAAAUAGGGAUCACUUUAUGAAGAAAUACUUUUUCUGAGGCUUCUUAAAGAAAUCGGACCUAUUCAUUACAGCCAAAUAUGUGCAUCUUAAUUAUUAGCAAAAACACUACUUAGGGUAUAUAUUGUCUCCUAGCUUUUAAUUUUUCUUUAAAAUUCAGAAAAUCAUUAAUUUUUUCAGAGCAACUUAUUUGUGAAUCUUGUAAACUUUCUGAAGUUUUUACAUUCCUUUUCCCAAAUGGGCUCUGCAGGAACGUGUACUGCUUCAUGGCAGUUCUCUAAUACUAUCUGUGCCUCUAAUUAAGUAGUCUAGUCUGAAGCUGAGACACUCCUACAUCAUUUGUUUAUGUUAACAGAAACUCAGCAUUCCUAGCAAAAAAGCACCUUGAACUAGAUCCCUUUCUAAUACAUUAAUUGCUGUCAUUGAUUAUGUUGCAUUAUAUUUGGUAUCUUCUGUUUCAGUCAUAUGGUAAGCCCAAUCAGGUUUAUUUUUUGUUUCUAUUAAAAUGCACUGGAAUGUAUUCCUCAGCAUGCUUUUGUAUGUGUGUGUGUGUGUAUUUUAGUUGUAAUUGGCAGGCAAUAAUAAUACGCAACUUCAGUUAUUUCUUCAGGAUAAUGUUGUUGUAUUUGGCAUAUUCCUGUGAGUUACAAUAGUUUCAGAGUGAUAGCUUAGCUAUCACUGUAGAAAUUAAUUAUUUUCUAUAGAAAUACCUUAUAUUUCUAUAGAGGUACCUGGAAGAUAAGGGAAUUCAUUUGUAAGUAUAGGUUUAGUAAUAGAAGAUCUUAAUUCUCCACUGUAUAUCAAGAUAGGCUGUAGGAGUGCUGCUUAUGGAUAGACUAUCUUCUUUUGCCUUAUGAUACAAGUAUGUAUGCAUAACACCUUGUUUUGAAAUUCACUGAGUUAUAAAUUUUUCUCUGUAGUGUUCUAAAUUAUUGUUGUACUAGAUAUAUUUUUGAAAUGUGUGUUAAAAUAACUAGUCAAAGAGUUAAGUUGGCAUGAAAUAAAUAAUUUCUGCAGUACAUU